AUGAACGAGAGAAAAGAAAUAAAAGAAAAAAAAAGAAAGAAAGAAACAAAAGAUAAAGGGCGAAAGAAAAGAAAAGGAAUAAAAGAAAAGGGACAAAAAAAAAGGAAUGAGAGAAAAGAAAAGAAACGAAAGAAAAAGAAAGGAAUGAAGGAAAAGAAAAGUAAUGAAGAAAAAGAAAAGGAACGAAGGAAAAGAAAAGGGACAAAGGAAAAAAAGGGACAAAGGAAAAGAAAAGGAGCAAAUAAAAGAAAAAGAAUGAAAAAAGAAAACGAACGAAGGAGAAAAAAGAAACAAAGAAAAAGAAAAAAAACAAAAGAAAAGAAAUGA